CAGAAGCAGAAAAGAAUAUGCUUGGUGUGAACACCACUUUCGUUGUCGUUAAGUGCCAGAACGACGACGACAUGCAUUCUGUCGUUUGAUUUAAGCAGCGGACGACACCAUCUCCUUCACAACAUCCUUAAACCCUGUCCUGCAAAUCCAGACUACGGCUAUGGAAACCAUAUACCGAUUCUCACUUCGUCUCGCCCCGAUAUCUCUCCCCGAAAAAUGCCUCCAACCCAGAACAAUCACCCCGAUAUUUUGGAAAACCCGAAUACACUUUUCGAACCCCGGACCUCUAAACCCGGAACCGGCCUUUAACACACAUUUCCCGACCCGGAAAAGCUACAGCUCAGGCUCUUCUCCAGUUGCCAAAGCGGGUUGGCUUCUGGGUCUGGGAGAGAAGAAGAAAAGCACGAGCUUGCCCGAUAUAGUGAAAGCGGGUGACCCGGUUUUGCACGAACCGGCCCGAGAUGUUGAGCCAGGGGAUAUUGGGUCGGAGAGGAUCCAGAAGAUAAUUGAUGAUAUGGUGAAGGUGAUGAGGAAGGCUCCUGGGGUCGGUCUUGCUGCUCCGCAAAUUGGAAUUCCCUUGAGGAUAAUAGUUUUGGAAGAUACAAAGGAAUAUAUUAGUUAUGCACCCAAGGAAGAGACGGCCGCUCAAGACAGACGGCCUUUUGAUCUUUUGGUGAUUCUUAACCCAAAGCUUCAAAAGAAGAGCAACAGGACUGCAGUAUUCUUUGAAGGAUGCUUAAGUGUUGAUGGAUUCAGAGCAGUGGUGGAGCGAAACCUUGAUGUUGAGGUUUCAGGUUUUGAUCGAAAUGGCCAGCCCAUCAAAAUAAGUGCUUCAGGUUGGCAGGCUCGGAUUUUGCAGCAUGAGUGUGAUCAUUUGGAGGGAACUCUUUAUGUGGAUAAGAUGGUCCCUAGAACGUUUAGAACUGUUGAAAACUUGGAUUUACCUCUUGCUGAGGGGUGCCCCAAGCUUGGAGGUCGCUAGCUUAUAGCUAUGGCUAUGGAAAGGCACUCCAGUUUACAAAAUGCAAAGGUAAAGCUGUCAUAUGCGAUACUGAGAAUUUGUAUGCAAUUGAUUCUGGUCUCUUUUGGUGCAAAUGACUGUUGGAGAUAAAUUUAUGAUUUCAAAAUAGAUGUGAAAUUUUUUGCAAUCUUCUAAUAUAUUGGAAAUGGCUUACUGUUGGACAUCAAUUUAUAUAUACUAGCCGCUCUGCACGCACUUCCAUGCAUGCGAAAGGCCUUUCUUCAAUCACGCAAUGCUACCAGCCAUGUUCCGAAGGCCAUUCAUUGGUCCUUGCUUGUGAAUCAUCGUUUCUGUGCCAUGCAGAAUUGGCUCUGUUGGAAAAGAAAUAAAAGAAAUCAGUGUAAUUAUCUGAAAGUGCUUCCUGCUGAUAUCUGAUCCUAAUGUUAAAUUGGAUUACGCAUACAUGUUAUCUGUGUGUGUCAUAUGUUAAUGUUAAUCAUGUUACCAUUCUCAGUCCAAAUCAAAAUUUCAUUCUA